AACAGUGGUCAACAUGGCGCCUCUCUUUCUCCAUCUAAUCGCAAAAACACAAAUUUGCUGUCAGUAUUUUAUACUAAUGCAAGACGUAUUGCCAGCAAGAGGAGUUUUCUAAACCUGGAACUAGCUUCCAAUACGUACGACAUAGUUCUUCUCACUGAAACUCAUUUGGAUAACACUGCAACAGAUAGGGAAAUUUUUCCUAAAGGUUGUACUGUAUUUAGAUGUAAUCGCGAACUUCAUGGGCGACAUGGCGGAGGAAUAUUGAUAGCGAUAGGUGACUCCUGUAAAGCCUACCUGAGAGGCGGCCUUUGUUCUAACACGUCGAAGCUGGAAUUUGUCGAGAUUGUGUUCCCAAAUAGAAAGAAAUUAACGCUACAAUCUUGGACAAAACUCUUGAGAAAACUGCACAUUUCCAGAGCAUUUUUCUAA